AGAGUUUUGAUAAUGAUCUAGUGUUUAUUUCUAGUUAGUAGAUAAGGCAAGACCAGAUUGACUAAGUGGUAUAAUUAAUCACUUACUACAAGAGAAAAGCAACGUUUCUUAAAAGAAGUAUUACUAUCAAUCUUAAUGUAAAGAUAAAUUCAUUAGUGUUGACACGCGGCCAAAAGAUGUGUAAUUUCUUAGAAUAUGUUGAAUACAAAAUUGUUUAUAAACGAUAUGCAUCACUUUAUUUCAUAGCUAUUUGCGACAAAGAGGAUAACGAAUUAUUAAUUUUAGAAAUAAUUCAUCAUUUUGUAGAAGUAUUAGAUAAAUAUUUUGGUAAUGUAUGUGAAUUGGAUCUAAUAUUUAAUUUCCACAAAGCUUAUUAUAUCUUGGAUGAAUUGCUUUUAGCUGGUUUUAUUUAAGAGCCAAGUAAAAAAAUUAUACUCAAAGCAAUCACUAGUCAAGAAGCACUUAUAGAAGAAGGAAAUGAUGAUCAAUCUAAAUGAUUUAUAAAACAAAUAUAUCAAUAACUUGUUAUUUUUAAUAUAC